AACGCCCGGCUUCCCCCGGCUUCCCGGCCCGGCCGGGGCCCCUAGCUCUCCCCCUGUCUGGGUCCCCCCUGGGCGGGGCAGGGCCGGCCGGGGAGGGGGCGCGGGGCCUUUGUUAGGGAGCCAGGCCCCAGCCCCCGGGACAAUAGAGACACCCUCCCGGACUCCUCUCCCCGGCCGGCCGGGGCUGUCGGCGGGCGGGGAAGAAGAGGGGCCGGGACGUGUCCCACUCUGCCCACUCUCUAGGGGUCGGUCUGUCCCGGACCGGCGCCGGCCUCCGGCGACUCGGCUCUCCUCCCCCCAGUCGCCGUGUUGCCGCCCGCUGUGCUAUGAGCAGUCAGAGCACCGUCUCCACAAGAGUUCACAAAUGAAAAUGGAGGAAAUGUCUUUGUCUGGCCUGGAUAACAGCAAACUAGAGGCCAUCGCUCAGGAGAUAUACGCGGACCUGGUCGAGGAUUCUUGUUUGGGAUUCUGCUUUGAGGUACACCGGGCUGUCAAGUGUGGCUACUUCUUCCUGGACGACACGGACCCUGAGAGCAUGAAGGAUUUUGAGAUCGUGGACCAGCCGGGUUUGGACAUCUUUGGACAGGUUUUCAACCAGUGGAAGAGCAAGGAGUGUGUUUGCCCCAAUUGCAGCCGCAGCAUUGCCGCCUCCCGUUUUGCUCCCCACCUGGAGAAGUGCCUAGGAAUGGGUCGGAACAGCAGCCGAAUCGCCAACCGCCGGAUUGCCAAUAGCAACAACAUGAACAAGUCAGAGAGUGACCAAGAGGAUAAUGAUGACAUCAAUGACAACGACUGGUCCUAUGGCUCAGAGAAGAAAGCCAAGAAGAGAAAAUCAGACAAGCUAUGGUAUCUCCCAUUCCAGAACCCCAAUUCCCCUCGAAGAUCCAAGUCUUUAAAACACAAAAAUGGGGAACUUAGCAAUUCGGAUCCUUUUAAGUAUAACAACUCAACUGGGAUCAGCUACGAGACCCUGGGGCCAGAGGAGCUGCGCAGCCUGCUCACCACGCUUAUAUUCCUCUUCCAGCAAUGUGGGGUGAUUUCUGAACACACCAAGAAGAUGUGCACAAGGUCCCUACGCUGCCCUCAGCAUACAGAUGAGCAGCGGCGAGCUGUGCGGAUUUAUUUCCUUGGACCCUCAGCUGUCCUUCCAGAGGUGGAGAGUUCCCUGGAUAAUGACAGCUUCGACAUGACUGACAGCCAGGCCCUGAUCAGCCGGCUUCAGUGGGACGGCUCCUCUGAUCUCUCACCCUCUGAUUCAGGCUCCUCCAAGACGAGUGAGAAUCAGGGGUGGGGUCUAGGUACCAACAGUUCCGAGUCACGGAAAACCAAGAAAAAGAAAUCCCAUCUGAGCCUGGUAGGGACUGCCUCCAGCCUGGGCUCCAACAAGAAGAAAAAGCCAAAGCCACCGGCGCCCCCGACGCCCAGCAUCUACGAUGACAUCAACUGACUUGGGUACAAGGGGAUAGCCUUUGGCUGAGCAGAGCCGUCUCUCCCGACCCCCACCCAGGCGGCACAGCCUGGCAAAUGGACGGCUGCUGGGGGUUUGGGCUUGGGAAGCUUGGUGGGCGAGGCAGGCAGAGGAUCCAAUUAUGCACCCCUGGGGGGUGUCAGGGUCUUCUGCGAUGGAGCACGAGCCCUCAGCGUGCAGGACUCAGACCUGGACAUAUUAUGCCUUGGACAUAAGUUUGGUGGGGAGGCGGUUUUCCUAUUUAUUCUGUGAGUUACUGGAUGUCCAGCUAGGCCAGGGGCCUGACCUGGGCACUGUGCCAGGGCACUGCCGCCCCCCCACCCCAGGAACUGGACUAAGCCCUGCCGAGGAGCAUCGUGGCUACCCGGGAGGCCGUGGGUUGGAAGCUGAGCCUGGAGGGGGCCUCCCCCAGCUGCCCUCAGCAAUGUGAAUGGGUCCGGUGCUUGGAGCUGAGGGACAGGGCUGGGCGUGUCCUGUCUGUGUGCAGAAUCUUAUCAAAAGCCCCCAUCCCAGGGGGAGGCAGGCAUGGCGAGCUGUCUGCUGAGGUAGGCGUCCUAAACUAGCGCCGCCUUCCCUGCCCCUCACAGGGGCAGCCCUUUCCCCUCAGUCCCCGGGGGCCUCCUUGGCAGCAGGAGCUGUCCUUUUGUUGUUGGGUGCCAGGAAAGGGCCUCCAGCCUCUACAGCUUCAAGGAACGGGCACGGGGAGGGUAGGAAGAGGGAGCUGUGUAUCAGGAUGACUCCCCCCCUACCUCUCCUCCCUGACCCAGGGCUGGCGAGGAGUGGGGCCCCAAGGUGAGGUGCUGCUUUAUUUGAAAUGUUUUCUUACCUCAUUCCCUGCCCCAGGAAGGGGCCCAGCCUCACCCUCCUGGGGUGGCCCCAUGUUCCUCCUGCCUACCCUGCCCCACUGCCCUCCCGGGGCAGCCCAAGUUCCCAACUGCUGCUUGCCACCCCCCCUCUUUCACCUUGACCAGCUCCAGUUCCUCUCUCGAUGCUCCUGCCUCCAAAGCCUGCCCUGUCUCCCCUUCCUUUUGCCGCUUUUAAGUUAUUUAUUCUGUACUUGUGGUUUGGGGCUCUGAGGAAAAUCCUGAUCUUUUACCUCUCCCCCCUUGCGAGGAGUGGGGCGGGAAGAGAGGGUGGUCUCCGUGUUCUUGGCUGUCAGCGGAGGGGGUGGGGUGCCAUGCCUGGGCAGUGCCCCCCUGCGGGACUGUCGUGCCAGUGUGCCCACCUGCCUGGUCUACAUCCUGAAGAGAUGUAUCAUUCAACCUCCACGCGGGCACCAUCGCUCCCAGGAACCGAGCUGGAGGACUGCAGUCCAGGUUGGGAGCAGAACUGAUGGCCCCAGGGAUGGAGCUGACCCUGAACCGUGUUCUCUGGCACUCGCUGGACGUGACCCCUGCCCUCCUUCCAGAAGGAGCCAUCCCACAUUUGGGUAGUUAGUACCCAGGACUGACCGGACUGAUCUGGGUUAGGGACCCUAGAGGGUUAAGGGAACAAGAGAUGGGGCUGCAGUACCCUGUCUGGAACCCCAAUCUCCCCCUGGGGUGGCUCUGAUUGUGGCUGACGCCUGGUUACAAAUUGAUUUUUAACCCAAGAAUUAUGAUUAUUUUUUAAAAAGCCAAACAGAUUUUGGCAGGAGUUAGAAUAAAGCCUGGGGCCUGGACUCCUCCGUUCUCACCCCUCCACAGCCUUCUCCCUCCACGGGGAGGCCAGAGGGCAAGGAGGAUCUCAGUCAGCCUCCAGCCCGCUCCCAGAUGAAGACCUGGGAGCGGGCUGGAGGUGGAGGGAGGAAGGCCGCAGGCCACUCUCCCUUCUGAGAGGCAGUUGCAGCUCAGGCCCUAAUACACCCUUUCCCCUCUGGCCUCUCCGUUUCCCCCUUCUGGUUGGAGGAGGGAGAAGUGGGAAGUAGUUUGGGAACUGGUUUGUCCACAUCCACUUCCCUAUUGUUCCUUGGCCCGCCCUCAGGGCAGAGCCCCCUGCCCAGGCUGGGUUAGAGAUGGGCUUGGUCCAGCAGGGACCCUGAGGGAGCAAACCCCCUUCCUUCUGGGGAGAGUGUGCCCCCCUACCAUGUAGUUGAACAGGGGCUAGGAGCUCCCCACUCCCUUCCCUCUAACAGCAGGCUGUGUGGGUUUCAAUUCCCAUCCUUCCCACCCCGGCUAGGUGUCGUCCACCCUGUAUCCUAUCAUGUGUCUGAGUGUGUGGGGGGGUUCUGUACUAAUUUCCAUGGCCGGUGGCUUUUCCUUCCAUGCAUCACUCCCCCCCGCAUGCCCAGGGGCCACCCGCCUGGCAUUACCGCAUGCUGGGGUCAUUGGGGGAGGGGGGUGGGGCUCACGCUGUCCUGUGGUCUUGAGAUUUUUAUUUUUGCAUAUGUAAUCCAUCCUGUACAGGUAGCUAACUUUGUAAACGCUGUGUAUUCCCCCUGCCCCCAUGGCUGCUGGUGUAAAUAAACUGCAUCUCCCGUUGGUA